AGCAGCUAUGUUUACUACAGAUACGCUUCUUACGUGACAAAAAAAGACGUUUUGCCUUCAGUUUCCCCGAAGAGAGAAAUUUAAAAUAUAUAAGUGUUAUUUAAAUAAGUUAUUUACAUAUCCGGCUUUUGGAAACAGGCUGACGUCAAAGCUGAAAUUUAGCAUGCCCUCUAUGUUUAGCUACUGUCUGCUCUGUUAGCCUCAGUGGACAAAAACUAACUGAAAUUAAAGCAAAUUUAAUAGAAAAUGUCUGCGUGUAAAAGGUUGCUUUACCUCGUAAAGCAAAGGAGUGUUUGGACACAGGUUGGGAGAAAUGUCACAACAUGGUCGCCUGUUGGAGCUGCUUUCAAUGCCAAACCUCACAGGAGACUGGAUCUGUUUGAGAAAAACGUGGGCUUGUUUGGAGUGCCAGAGCUCAGCUGUCCUGCAGGCUUCCAGGCAGCCACAAAGACAGCUCUGAAGAACACACAGCGGCUGGUGCAGAAAGCUUGUUCAUGUCCUUCAGGAGCUGAGACAGUCGAGUCUUUUGACCAGCUCUCAGAUGGUUUGUGUAAAGUGGCCGAUUUGGCGGACUUUAUAAAAGUAGCUCAUCCAGAUCCAGCAUUUCGAGAAGCUGCAGAGAAGACCUGCAUAGAGAUUGGCACAGUUGUGGAGAAGCUGAACACCAAUGUUGAACUAUGCAGGAGCCUGAAGAAUUUGCUGGACAACCCAAACAUUGUAGCCCAGCUGGACCCUGAUACAAGGCGAGUGGCAGAGUUGUUCAUGUUUGACUUUGAAAUCAGUGGAAUUCAUCUGGAUGACAAACUGAGAAAAGAGGCUGUUGGCCUCCAUGUGAAGUUGUUGGAUCUAAACAACGAGUUUCUGGUCGGCUCUCACAUGCCAAACAGAAUCGCAAGGUCUGCAAUUCCUGAGCAUCUACACCUGCAGUUUGCCAGUGAAGGAAGCUUCAUUCAAGUUGGGGGAUUACAUGCAGAUUCCCCAGAUGACUUUGUGCGAGAGAUUGCCUACAGGAUUUACCUCUAUCCCAAUGCAGAUCUAAUGAACUGUCUAGAGGAGCUGUUAAAAUGUCGACACAAACUGGCCAAACUGGUGGGCUAUGAGUCCUUUGCACACAGAGCCCUAAAGGGAACGAUGGCCAAAACACCAGAGACAGUGAUGAGCUUUCUCCAGCUGUUAACAGACAAACUGUCAGACAGAACAGCAAAAGACUUUAAGAUGAUGAGAGGCAUGAAGAAGAAACUCAACCCGCGUAAUGCUGAGCUGAUGCCGUGGGAUCAUCCGUACCUUAGCGGUGUCUUGCGUGCCGAAAGGUACAACAUAGAGCCCAGUCUGUACAGUCCCUACCUGUCUCUUGGUGCCUGUAUGGAGGGUUUGAACAACCUCUUCUCUCAGCUGUACGGCGUCUCGCUCAUGUCUGAACAUCCCAGUGCUGGAGAGGUGUGGAGCGAGGACGUCCGUAAACUGGCUGUGGUGCAUGAAACGGAAGGAUUACUGGGAUAUAUCUACUGUGACUUUUUCCACCGGGCAGAUAAACCUCAUCAGGACUGUCACUUUACCAUCCGCGGUGGUCGCUGGUGCCAGGAAACGAGUCAGUACCAGCUGCCAGUUGUGGUGCUGAUGCUGAGCCUGCCUCACCCCAGUCGGAGCGCCCCCACCUUGCUCACUCCUGGUAUGAUGGAGAACCUCUUCCAUGAGAUGGGACACGCCAUGCACUCCAUGCUGGGACGCACUCGCUACCAGCAUGUGACAGGAACCAGAUGUGCAACAGAUUUUGCUGAAGUUCCUUCCAUCCUCAUGGAGUAUUUUGCCACAGACUAUCGAGUCAUCAGCCAGUUUGCCCGCCAUUAUGAAACUGGACAGCCUCUACCUGAGAGUAUGGUGGCUCGCCUGUGUGAGUCAAAAAAGGUGUGUGGAGCUGCGGACACCCAGCUGCAGAUAUUCUAUGCAGUAUUGGACCAGAUCUACCACAGCAAACCUCAGAACUGCUCCACCACAGACAUCCUAAAGGACAUGCAGCAGAAAUUCUACGGCUUGCCUUAUACUCCCAAUACGGCGUGGCAGCUGAGAUUCAGCCACCUGAUUGGCUAUGGAGCCAAGUACUACUCCUACCUCAUGUCUCGAGCCGUUGCUUCAAUGGUGUGGAAGCAGUGCUUUGUCCAGGAUCCCUUAAACAGGGACAUGGGUGAGCGUUACCGCCGGGAGAUGUUGGCCCAUGGAGGAGCCAAGGAGCCCAUGCUGAUGGUAGAAGGCAUGCUGCAGAAACGGCCCACCAUUGAGGACUUUGUGGACGCGCUGGUGUCUGAGCUCAAUCCAAACUUCGAGACCUUCAUCAUGGACUCUGAAAGUUGAAAGCUGAUUUCGGCUGCAUUGAAAUGGACUUUACAAGGCAAAGAAUGAGGACACACACAAAGAUGCAGGGCUGAGAGGUGAAGUGAAAUACAUCACAUUCUCAGCAUCUUCGCUUUGUUUGUGGGUGAAUUGUCAACAUUUUUAUAUAACUGGUCUCCUUUAAAGUCACAUUGACUUAUUUAAUAUUCUGUAAAUUCCUCUGUCAGCAUAAGUUAAUACAAACAAAAUUAAAGAGUUGCUAUGGACCCUGUUGAUCUCUA